AUGGCGGCUGCCAGCAGCCAGGCAUCACAGCCAGAAGAGCUGUGCCUUGUAUGCAAUGAUAUUUCGACGGGAUAUCACUAUGGUGUCCCAUCCUGCAAUGGCUGUAAGACGUUCUUUCGGCGGACGAUAAUGAAGAAGCAAACAUUUGUAUGCCAAUAUGAGGGGAAAUGCCCUGUUGACAAAAUCGGGAUGGAUCGUAAUGCCAUUCAACAAAACCGCGACCCGAUUGGAUAUACUAAACGUACGCGCCGCUACCCGCCUGUGAAGAAGCUAUCAUCUUCUGAAGAACAGUCACCACUACUGAAUAAAACGCCUGAUCCCGUCGAGGCUGCAGAAGAUAUGGCACUUGCUAGAUUAGCUGCCCUCGAAGACCAAUGUCGAAAAUUGCGGGCUAGCCACUUCGACGCGUUUGAUACUACCCUUACGCAAGCAGUCAUGGCACCAUGCCGAUUGUUGGAUGCCGAUUUUAUGGCCCGAAACUCCGUCCCGUCUCACUUGCCAAACGCCCUCCGCCCUGCCACACAGGAAGAUUAUGCAUACUGGCAUGACAGGCAAAAUAUUUUUUAUUUU